AUGUCCGUAGCUCUUGUCUCCACCGUCCUUGUUGCCGCGGCUGCAUGGCUAGUAUUGAGAGUGCGGGCAUCGGGCCCAAAGCUUGACAUACCUUACCUUCAAUUUGAGGGCGACAACUCGUUGCUCAGAUAUCUGAACGACACACGGAGUUUAAUGAGAAAGGGUUACGCCGAGUAUAUCAAACAAGGCAAGCCCUUUUCGAUGCUCAACCAUGUUGACUUCCUGAGCCCGCUCGUCAUCCUCCCUCCUAAGUACUUAGAGGAGGUCAGGAGCGCUCCACAAACCAAGUUGAGCUUCCCCCUGUCGCUCGAGAAAUUCCUGCUAAACGUAUUCUCUCGCAUCACUGCGCGGUCCCUGGUUGGGCCUGAGCUCUGUGACAGUCAAGAGUGGCAGGAUAUCAUUCUUGGCUUCACCAACAGCGCGUUCAAGGCAUCUCAUGGUGUUCGAGUUCGGUACCAUCCUUGGACUCGCUGGUUGGCAAAGUAUUUUGAUGGGGACGUCAAAGACGUUUACAGGUACCGGAAACGUGCCGGAAAUCUCCUGCGGCCGAUCCUGGAGGCUAGAAAAGCCGAGUACAAAGCACGGGGGAAGGGAGAAAAAGUGGAACACGAGGAUGGUAUCCAGUGGAUCCUUGACGCAUACCAUUCUACUGGGUCGACUCUGACCCCGGAUAAACUUGCCCAAGAUGAGUUCAUCAUUACGAUUGCGUCGAUUCACAGCAGCGCCGCCACCGCUCUGUCGAUUCUUUAUGACUUGAUGGAUCGGCCUGAGUGUCUGGCAGAAAUCCAGGAGGAGAUCUCCAAGGUAUUCAUGCAAUAUGGCAGCUGGACGCGUCAAUCCCUGGCCGCACUUCGCAUCAUGGACAGCUUCAUGAAAGAGAGUCAGCGGGUCCACACAUUGCAGCAGCUGACGCUUCAGCGAAUGGUAGUAGAGGAUUUCACGUUCAAGGACGGUCUUCACCUACCUGCCGGUACUCAAAUGGCGAUGCCAAACGAGCUCAUCAGCCUAGACCCUGACCUGCAUGAGAACGCUGAGACCUUCGACGCGAAGCGGUUUCUGCGGAAGAGAGAGCAGAUCGAUCCGAACAAGUUCCAUUUUGCAUCAAUCUCAGAAGACAUGCUCCCAUUUGGGAGCGGCUUACAUGCCUGCCCGGGUCGAUUCUUAGCCCAGGACGUCAUGAAGCUGAUGUUCAUCCGGCUUUUGACCCGUUACGAAUUCAAGUAUCCCGAGGGCGUGGAGAGCCGGCCAGCAAACAUUGAGCGGCACCACAAUAUCAUGCCCAAUACUGGACUUUCUUUGCUGUUCAAGGAGAAGAAUUAG